GGGGCGCCGCCGCCACCCCGACCCGCGCCUUCAGCCGCCGCCGCCGCCAUGUCGGAGCUGGCGCUGGAGGAGCUCUCGGCUCUCGCCGCCAUCUACUGCGAGCCGGACGCCUGCGAGGUGCUGGCGGUCUCAGAGACGCAUGGAAUCACAUUUAGAAUUCAAAUCAGCGUGAAAGAACUGCUGGAUACUGAUGUACUUUUAAAGCUGUUAUUUCAUUUACCGGUCAAUUAUCCAUCAACUCUACCAGAUAUUUCUGUUAACUCGGACCAGCUUACAAGGGCCCAAUGUAUGGACGUGAAAGAUAAAUUACUUGAACAAGCAAAGAAGCAUCUUUCUGAACCCAUGGUACACGAUCUGAUUCUUUGGAUACAGCAGCAUCUUAAGUAUGUCAUUAAGCAAUCAGCAACAGUUUGCAGUGAAAAACCUACUUUGUCAAAAGGAACAAGUACAGAGGAUGGUAUCUGGAUGCUUCUUUUGCAUUUAGAUCACAUGAGAGCAAAGGCAAAAUACGUCAAAACUGUGGAAAAAUGGACUUCAGAUCUAAAGCUGACUGGAAGACUGAUGUUCAUGGGCAGGAUAAUAUUGAUUCUUCUUCAGGGUGACAGGAGCAGCAUUAAGGAGUACUUGAUUCUUCAGAAAACUUCUAAGGUAGAUGUGGACUCAAGCGGAAAGAAAUGCAAAGAGAAAAUGAUCAGUGUACUGUGUGAGACAAAAGUACAGUCACAGCAUAAAAGGUUUCAGACGUUUGAAGUCAAAGAGUAUUCAACGCUGGAUGAGCUGCAAAAGGAAUUUGAAACUGUGGGACUUACAACUCUUUUCUCUGAGUUUGUGCCUCCUCUCUUAAAAUGAAAUUAAAAGAAAGCACUGAACUCUUUGACCAAAGCAGCAGUUGGCUGCAGAUGCUGAUGGAAGAUCAAAGGAUGAAUUUGGCAAACAACGUUACGGCUUUUCUGCAAAAGGUGCCAGAAAUAGCCAUCCUCUUGCAAGCUGAGAAGGCAGUUCAUACGUUAAGAAUUGGCAAUGGUUUGACAUUUAUAUAAUGAUAUUUUUUUCCAAGGAAUGUGGAGUUAAUUGUGAUGAUUGCAUGGCAAGCAUGAGGGAUUGGGAAGAAAUCAUAUUAAAAUAAUAGUCUUCUAGUUAGACUCUGUUUUGCAAUCCGUGUUUUUCAAUGUUUUGGUUUUUAUAUCUCACGGUAGUGGGUUUUUUUAUAAUGGCCUUCUAGAAAGCAAAAUUGAUUUUGAUUUGAAAGCUUAUGUGAAGAUAUUUCUAUAAAAAGCAAAGCAAACACAGAUUUGAAUAUGUGAGGACAGCAUAUACUUAAUAUCCCUUAGGUGUUCAUCUGCUAACUUUUCCCUCUCCAUUUAUUUGACUGUAAAUGCUAGGCUGUUGAUUUAAAGAAAAAGUGCAUGUCACUUGGGGCCUGAAAAAACUUAGAAGUGUCUUGGAAUGUUAGUUUUUAUUCUAAAAUGUAUAAAAACACCCAAGUGGAGAAUUUGAAUUGAUUAAAAAGCUAAGUUAAAGCCAA